AUGAAUAUCAAAGGAAAAAUAAUUCUGUCAAUGCUGGUUGUCUCUGCUUUAUUCGUUGUGUUUUGGGAAUAUAUCACCAGCCCAGAAGGUCCUUUCUUGUGGCUAUAUCAUUCAAAAAACCCAGAAGUUGGUGACAGCAGCACUCAGAAGGGCUGGUGGUUUCCAAGCUGGUUUAACAAUUGGACUCAAGGGUAUCAAGAAGACAUAGACAAAAAGGAAGACGAAGAACUUGCGUUGUCAGACUGGUUUAAUCCAUUGAAUCGCCCAGAAGUUGUGACAGUGACUACGUGGAAUGCCCCAGUUGUAUGGGAAGGAACUUACAACAGCGCCAUCUUGGAAAAUUAUUAUGCCAAACAGAAAAUUACUGUGGGUUUGACGGUUUUUGCUAUUGGAAAAUAUAUUGAACAUUACUUAGAGGAGUUCAUUAUAUCUGCUGAUAAGUACUUCAUGGUUGGUCACAGAGUCAUUUUUUAUAUCAUGGUGGAUGAUACCUCCAGGAUGCCUUUGGUAGAGCUGAGUCCUCUUCGUUCAUUCAAAGUGUUUGAGAUCAAGCCCGAGAAAAGAUGGCAAGACAUCAGCAUGAUGCGUAUGAAGACCAUCGGGGAACACAUUGUGGGCCACAUCCAACAUGAAGUUGACUUCCUUUUCUGCAUGGAUGUGGACCAGGUCUUCCAAGACAACUUUGGGGUGGAAACCCUAGGCCAAUCAGUAGCUCAGCUGCAGGCCUGGUGGUACAAGGCAGAUCCUGAUGAGUUUACCUAUGAGAGGCGUAAGAUGUCAGCAGCAUACAUUCCAUAUGGCCAAGGGGAUUUUUAUUACCAUGCAGCCAUUUUUGGAGGAACACCCAUAAAGGUUCUAAACAUUACCCAGGAGUGCUUCAAGGGAAUCCUCCAGGACAAGAAAAAUAACAUAGAAGCAGAAUGGCAUGAUGAAAGCCAUCUCAACAAAUAUUUCCUUCUCAACAAGCCAACUAAAAUUUUAUCACCAGAAUACUGCUGGGAUUAUCACAUAGGUUUGCCUUCAGAUAUUAAAAUUGUCAAGGUAUCUUGGCAAACUAAAGAGUAUAAUUUGGUUCGAAAUAAUGUUUGA